GAGGCGCAGCACCAGGAGAGAGCAGCUCUUGCUCUGAGACAGUGGAACCAGCCCGGGACUGGAGUCUGAGACCUGGUUCUACCCACAGACCUCCUCCAGGAUGUCGGAACGGUGCCUGGCCGAGGGCUCAGGUGGAGUGCCCGGGAUGAGCGCCCCUGUUGGGACCUCAAAGGAGAGUGGAGAAAGCCCUGGAAGCAUGUGGCCAAAGGAUCUCAUCCUCCUGGAGCCUGGGGAGACUGCCUGGCAGGUGGUUCUGAAGAAGAUCAGGGAGCUCUCUGAUGGGGAUGUCCGAGACCCCUUCAUGGUGGCCAACCUGGACGUGCUGCCCAGACGCCACCAGCUCUUCCACCAGGCCCUGCCGAGGGUCUCACCCUUCUAUGCCGUGAAGUGCAACAACAACCCCUGGGUGCUGCGUGUCCUGGCCGCCCUGGGCACCGGCUUCGACUGUGCCAGUCAGGGGGAGCUGGAGCAGGUGCUGGGUCUGGGCGUGCCCCCCUCACGCAUCAUCUACGCCAACCCCUGCAAGCCUGUCUCGCACAUCCUGUACGCCGCCCGCCACGGGGUGCAGCUCUUGACCUUUGACAGCGAGGAGGAGCUAAUCAAGGUGGCUCAGCACUACCCGGGGGCCAGGCUGGUCCUCCGGCUGUGGACCCAGGACAGCGAAAGCAUCUUCUCUCUGAACACCAAGUUUGGGGCCAGGCUGGAGCUAUGUGAACAUCUGCUCAAGUCUGCCAGAGACCUGGGGGUGGCGGUGGUUGGAACCAGCUUCCACGUUGGCUCUAGCUGCCAGACACCCAACAGUUUCAAGCAGGCCAUUGCCGACUGCCGGUGUUUAUUUGAGAUGGGCCUCAGGAUCGGGCAUGACAUGAAUUUCCUGGACAUCGGAGGGGGCUUCCCUGGAGAGGAGGGCCUCGACCCUAAGUUUGAAGAAAUGGCAGGAGUGAUCAACACCACCCUGGCCCAGGACUUCCCCGAGGGCAGUGGUGUCGAAAUCAUCGCGGAGCCUGGUCGCUUCUACGCAGCGCCUGUCUGCACAAUCGCUGUCAGCAUCAUUGCCAAGAAGGCUGUGGUGCAGCCUGGAGGCCACCGAAAGCUGCUGUACUAUCUCAGCGAUGGCUACUACGGCGACUUCCGCAUCUUCCUCCGGGAUCCUGAACCCAAGAUACCCAUUGUGGUGAAGGAGCUCGGCCCGGAGCCACCGCUCUUCUCCUGCAUCCUCUUCGGCCCUACGUGUGAUUCCUUUGACAAGCUCUUCUUGGAGGAGCUGCAGCUGCCGGAGCUGAACGUGGGUGACUGGCUGGUCUUCCCCGCUAUGGGCGCUUACACGAGUGUCAUGACCUCCACUUUCAAUGGCUUCCCUCCCGCCUCCAUCUGCUGCACCAUGGGACCUGAGCUCAGGAGCCUGCUGGAGUCCGCACUGCAGCCUGGGACAUGGCCGGAAUGGAGGCGCUUCUGACAUCUUGCCUCUGCAAAGGGUCCGCCUUGUCUGCCAGAAGCAGCCUUCCCAAUCUUGCGUCUGCCUCCCCAUCUCGGUCAAGAUCAGAGGACUCUGCCAGUAUCCUUGGGCUAGAGAAAUUCCUUCCCUGGACACCUGAAGAGAAGGGAAGGGCAUCUUCAGAUGUCACCUGAGGAAGCCAGGGGACAUAACCAGCUUUCAGAUCAUGUGUUACUUACUUUUCUCCUCCUAUAGCCUGAAAACAUCCACGCUUACCUCCCCAGAGGUGUCUGGAAUUAUGAAUAUGAGUGGGUUUAGGGGAAAAAUAAAAUUAUAUUCAGAUGUAA